CUUGGGAGCGAAAUGUUCGUGCGAGUCAUGUGAUGUUGCUCAUGUGACAUCGAUCAUGGCGUUGAUGCUUUGCUUUCUGUUUGUUCACCUCGUUGCGUUUGUUUACAGCAAUGGUGAUUACCAAAAUGAUAAAUUGGUAUCAGUCACAGCAACAAUUGGAAUGCCAUGGCCAUUACCGCAGCAAUAUUCCUCAACACCGGCCGUGUACACGAUAAAUCGAAAUGUAUUUAAAUUUAGAGCGACCGACCAAAGUUGCGACAUUUUGGAGUCCGCCUUCUUUCGUUAUCAGACAAUAAUAUUUGGAUACAGAGAGAAGACUUUGCGAUUCCAUCCGAAGUUGUUUCUGAAGGCAGGGUCCCUUACUGUGUUGGAUGUCAAUGUCAAAAGCAAAUGCGAUCGAUACCCGUACCUUGGAAUGGAUGAAUCUUACAACUUGACAAUUGGUGCAGCUGGAGCCACACUGAAUUCAAACAGCGUCUGGGGUGCAUUAAGGGGAAUUGAAACUUUUAGUCAGUUAGUCCUACAACAGAAUAAAGAUAUGUUUACCGUGAAUGGUACAACAAUAUCGGACUUCCCUCGAUUUCAACACAGGGGUCUCCUAUUGGAUACCUCCAGACACUUCCUAGAUGUGUCCGUCAUAAAACAGAACCUGCUAGCCAUGUCACAGAGUAAAUUCAAUGUAUUUCACUGGCACAUUGUGGAUGAUCAGUCAUUUCCUUACACCAGUGUCGAGUUCCCAGACAUGUCAUCAAAGGGUGCUUAUGAUUCUCGACACAUCUACACACAAGAUCAGAUUGCAGAAAUAAUAGAAUUCGCCCGCAUUUUGGGAAUAAGAGUUAUUCCAGAAUUUGAUUCACCAGGGCACUCGCAGUCUUGGGGUAAGGCAAUCAAAGACCUGCUGACAAAAUGCUAUAGCGGCAGCCAGCCUAAUGGACAGUACGGACCAAUCAACCCUUCCCUGGAAUCCUCGUACAGUUUCCUGUCCAAAUUUUUUGCUGGUGUCGCUAAAGUAUUCCCUGAUCACUAUCUCCAUCUUGGAGGCGAUGAGGUCAACUUCGAUUGUUGGAAAAGCAAUCCAAAUAUAACGGCAUUUAUGAAACAAAAGAGCUUUGGAACUAAUUAUGUAAAACUAGAGGAAUAUUACGUACAAAGAUUGCUGGAUAUUAUAGGUGGAAUGAACAAGGGAUACAUGAUCUGGCAGGAAGUGGUGGAUAAUGGGGCUAAGGUCAAACCAGAUACAAUAGUGGAGGUUUGGAAGGGAGGUUACUCUGCGGAACUGAGCUUUAUUACCUCCCUUGGCUAUAAAACUCUCCUGUCAUCCUGUUGGUACAUAAGUGGUAUAACAUAUGGGACUGACUGGCCAAAAUAUUACAACUGUGACCCCUACAACUUCAUUGGGACAGCUGCACAAAAGAAGCUUGUGAUUGGAGGAGAGACCUGUAUGUGGGGCGAAUAUGUAGACAAUGCCAACGUACUUUCCAGGACGUGGCCACGCGCCUCCGUGGUGGCAGAGCGAUUGUGGAGUGCCCAGAGUGUAAACAAUGCCAACGCCGCAGCACCUCGCCUAGAGGAACACCGAUGUAGGAUGAUCAAGAGGGGUUUCCCAGCAGAGACAGUGAAUGGACCCGGAUAUUGUCCCCAGGAGUACUCCAUACCAGUCUGAAGCCACAAGGACAUUGGUCUCAAGGACAUGCAAACCCUAUCAGCUUAUCAGUGAUAUAUAGUGUGUGACUUCUGAACUAUAAGCUAGUAGGAAUGUAGUAAACAGCAGUAAAACUGCCUCAAAUCAAACACAUGUUACUGCAUACAGGUUGAUACUACAUGUACGCACAGGUUCAUCGAAACUAACCCAAUUUAGUUUUAGAAUACUUUUAACAUUGCACUUUAAUUAUUUGAAUCAUGAUGCUCAUGAUAAAGUUUGCACACCAUUUUUAUGAUAUUUAAGGUGAGCUGUUUUAUUUUUUAUUCUUUGUGAAUGUUUGUAGAGAAUGAUUCAAUAUUUAAAAGUUGAACGAUGUGAAUGCUUGUAGAAAAUGAUGGUAUAUAACAGGGCUUUAUAUGAUUGUUUUUAGCAGUAAACCUGUACAUAUAUUUGAUUGAAUCAGCUCCUCACAUUCCAUCAAACGCUUUUAUUUGUCUUGAUACUGUAGAGGCAACUCUAUUUUCUUAAUUAAAGAAUACUAAAAGCU